AUGAAGAGCCUGCUCCUCACCAUCCUGCUGCUUGGGCUGGUGUCUGUCCUGAAGGCUCAGGAAGCCCCAUCAGAUGACCAGGAGGAUUACUCUGGGACCUGGUACCCAAAGGCCAUGGUACACAAUGGGAGCCUACCCAACCACAAGAUACCUGGUAGGGUUUUCCCUGUGAAAUUAGUAGCUCUGGAAGAAGGAGACUUGGAGGCCACAGUUAUAUUCUGGAAGAAGGGUCAUUGCCAUGAGUUUAAAUUCAUGAUGGAGAAAACGGAAGAGCCUGGCAAAUACACCACCUUUCAUGGCAAGAAGGUUGUCCAUGUUGAAAAGACGUCGGUGAAGGAUCACUACAUUUUCUACUGCGAAGGCCGGCACGAUGGGAAGUCAUUCGGGAUGGGAAAGCUCAUGGGGAGAGACUCUGAGGAAAACCCAGAGGCGAUGGAAGAAUUUGAGAAAUUCAUACAGCGUAUGGGACUCCGACGGGAAAACAUGUUUGUGCCAGAGAUCAGAGAUGAGUGUGUUGAUGAAAGUGACUGAGGAGCUACCACAGCAGCUACCAAGGUCUGCAGCAGCUGAGCCAGCCUUGCUUCCAACAGUAGGCUGGGACAGCCUUGCACCACACCUCUCCUGGACCACACUUUCCACUGCUUCACCAUUCCCCUCUCAGUACGGGCUCC